AUCAGGUAACAAAAAUUAGUAGAAGCAGAAAAAGCUCAAAACCCUAAAUCUCAGAGUAGUUAGUUGACGAAAGUUCUUUUCUUUAAAUUUUUGGCGAGAAAAGAAGAAAAGAAGAAGAUGAGGCCGAUUUUGAUGAAAGGUCAUGAAAGGCCAUUGACGUUUCUCAAGUACAACAGAGAUGGAGAUCUUUUGUUUUCAUGCGCUAAGGACCAUACCCCUACCGUUUGGUUCGCCGACAAUGGCGAGCGUCUCGGCACUUAUCGUGGCCAUAAUGGCGCCGUUUGGUCUUGCGACGUCUCAAGGGAUUCGAUGAGGCUUAUUACGGGAAGUGCCGAUCAAACUGUGAAGCUGUGGAAUGUUCAGACGGGAGCUCAAUUAUAUACUUUCAAUUUCGGUUCUCCUGCGAGGUCGGUGGAUUUCUCUGUAGGGGAUAAACUAGCUGUAAUUACUACGGAUCCUUUCAUGGAAUUGACUUCCGCUAUUCACGUUAAACGCAUUGCUAGAGACCCAACUGAACAGACUGAGGAGUCUGAGCUUGUCAUCAAGGGCCCUCAAGGUAGAAUAAACAGAGCUGUUUGGGGACCCCUCAAUAGGACUAUCGUUAGUGCUGGAGAAGAUGCUGUAAUUCGUAUAUGGGAUUCUGAGACUGGAAAACUACUUAGGGAGGCUGACAAGGAAUCGGGUCACAAAAAGACAAUAACAUCACUUACAAAAUCUGCAGACGGUUCACACUUCCUUACCGGUUCCUUAGAUAAAUCUGCCAAGCUAUGGGACACAAGAACGUUGACUCUUAUCAAGACCUAUGUUACUGAACGUCCAGUCAAUGCUGUUGCUAUGUCUCCACUUCUCGACCAUGUGGUGCUUGGAGGUGGUCAGGAUGCAUCAGCUGUCACAACGACAGAUCAUCGUGCUGGGAAGUUCGAAGCUAAAUUCUUUGACAAGAUUCUUCAAGAAGAAAUUGGAGGUGUAAAAGGUCAUUUUGGGCCCAUAAAUGCCUUGGCUUUUAACCCUGAUGGGAAGAGUUUCUCGAGCGGUGGUGAGGAUGGUUAUGUUCGAUUACACCAUUUUGACCCGGAUUACUUCAACAUCAAAAUAUAAAUAUGGAGCAGCUUACAGAUAUAGCUUGUUCCAACAAGACGACUGGACAACUAGUCCUUAUAGAGUAUUCAAGGCAAGGAAGGGGGGAGUGAUCAAGUAUUUAUCUGCACGUAACCAGCUUUCUUCUUGUGCUCGAUGUGGCAAUUUUGAGCUUUACGAAUUGUAGUGUAUUUUCACUAAAAAGAUUGCGUUACUUCAACCUUUUUUGAACACAUUUGCAGUUUCUUUUUUUUUUUUUAUUCUUUUUCUUUUUGGUAGCUUAGCUCAUUUUAGUUUAGAGCUUUAACAAAGUCAACCUUGUUUGAUAAAAUAUUAUUGUUUAAAGAAAUAACUCGGUUUUGUACAAUAAUGUAUUGACUUCUUUAUUAAUACUUUAAACUUAUCUCUGUAGUUUAAA